UUGAAAUUGUGGCCGGACUGAUGUGCAUUACGCGUGUAAUUCAGACGAAUAGAUAAUCUACUUCCGGAAACCAGAAGACGUGGUUUGCGUCGUGUUUGCGUGGUUGACCAACAUGGCCGGUGCGAAGUUUCAAUAUGAUGAGAGCGGCGGGACGUUUUUCUACUUUUUGCUUUCUUUUCUGGCUCUGGUGGUGAUCCCUUGUACCUACUACUUCUGGCCAAAGGAUGAUAGCAACGGAGAUGACAAAAAAGGUAGAAAAUGCCGUUGUCCGGACUGCAUGGAGAAAAGCCGGCGGCUGCGGUGCCACGAACCCUGGCGCCGUACCAAGCGGAACGCUGUGCGGGCAGUGCUCCUGCUCGGCUGGCUGGCUGUUUUCGCCACAGCAUACAAGGUAGCUCAUCUAGAACAUGAUUACGUGAAAUGGGACCCUUUCGAGAUCCUAGGCAUCGAGCCGACAGCGUCGGAACGCGAAAUCCGCCGAGCGUACCACAAGCUGUCACUGGUCUUCCACCCCGACAAGGACACGGGCGACGAGCAGAAAUUUAUGAUGAUCGCCAAGGCGUACGCUGCGUUGACAGACGAAGAAUCGAGAAAGAACUGGGAGACUUACGGCAACCCGGACGGCCCUGGUGCUACAACAUUUGGCAUCGCAUUGCCCUCUUGGAUCGUUGAAAAAGAGAAUUCCCUGUGGGUACUUGGCUUAUACGCGUUGGUGUUUAUGGUGGCAUUGCCAGUAGCCGUCGGUGUGUGGUGGUAUCGAUCCGCCAAGUACGGUGAAGACCAAGUGCUGUUGGAUACGUCUCACUUGUACCUCUACUUCAUCAACAAGUGCCAGACCAUGUCCCUGCGCCGUGUACUGAUGAUAGUGGCAGCAUCGUUAGAGUACGAGCGCGGUCACAACCCAGAGGUAAAGCAGCGGCCCUCGGAUGACAUCCAGGUACCCGCACUUAUUAAGGCCUUGCCAAACUUUAGCGAGAAGAACAAAGAACGUCCCCUCUGUUAUGAGUACAGCCUUAAGGCCCGAGCACUGCUGCACGCACACUUACUACGAAUGUCGCUCAGUCCAGCAUUGGAUGAGGACCGUCAGUGUGUGGUGCGACGCUGCCCAGCACUACUGGCAGAAUUUGUCAACUGUGGCGCUCAGCUCACGAUGCUGGGUUUUGCUGGCCGCAUAGCUCGUGUGCCCAAGUUGGAAACGCUCGAAGCAGCCAUGCGCUUGAGUGCCCUGGUGGUGCAGGCACGACCUGAGCACUGUUCACCGCUCUUGCAAUUGCCCCAUGUUGGAGAAGAGUUGAUCAAACCUAUGGCACGAAAGGGUGUCAGGGGACCCCAGGGCCUGGCCACACUGUCUGACAGGCGAGCAUUGUUCCGCAAUCUGAGCGAUGCCCAGUACCAGGAUGUGCUGCACUGUCUCGAGUGCAUGCCGCGUCUGCAGUUGGAUGUCCGGACCGAGGUGCUGGACGACGAGAAUGAAGGUGUCAUCACCGCAGAGUCUAUCGUAACAGUGACAGCAACUUUGACUAGGCUUCCGCUGCUCGACCCAAACAAUGUUGAUACCAGUAGCCUCAACAAUACUGUUACAGUGGUGGCUCCUGAACCCACUCUGGCAGAGCCACCCAAGGCAAAGUCGUGGGAGAAGCCAGUGAAGAAAAGAAAAGGAGGAAAGGGCACCAAAAGUGGCAAGGGUGGAGGCAAGCGUCCUGUGGUACAUCAAAACAAAGCGUCACAGAAUGUUCCUCCAGUGCAGGAAGCGGAGGAGAGCAAUUCUGAAGAUAGCGAUACAGUUGAGGAAGUACAUGAUACUCACGAAGACGAAGACGAUGACUGGCAGGAUGUCCAGAGAAAGGUGGCCAAGAAGGACAAGAGCUUGGAGAAGAAAUCAAAAAAGUCUCACAGUGUGCAUUGCCCACUGUUUCCAGAUGACAAGCAAGAGUACUGGUGGGUGUAUUUGGUGGAGAAACGCAGACACAGUCUGGCUACAGUGCCCUAUUUGGUCACAAGUCUCGUUGACAAGGAGGAAGUGCUCCUCAAGUUUACUGCCCCGUCCAAGCCAGGCGUCUACAACUACACGCUGCACGUGCGCAGUGACUCGUACCUCGAUCUGGAUGUGAGCCAACCCCUUAAACUGGAUGUCAAACCGCCACUUCCGCAGGCAGCACCGCCUCAGUGGGACAUCUCCGAUGACGAGGCAGAUCAUGCCGAACUGGAAGACAGUGCGGCCGAGGACUCUGACCUCGCUGACAGUUCUGAUCACGAUGCGUGAACGAGUGUUGCAAGUAGAAAGACUGUCCCUAUUUUUCUAUUAAAGUUUGACAAAGUAUUUA